AUGGCCUUCAAAAUAAGAAGAGUCACAUCGGGCCUUCUGCCGCAGCAACAUAUACCAUCUAGCUUCAAGGAUCAUUCUGCACAUGUCGCGAAGACGAUAGCGAACAAUGGCUUGACUCAACUAACACAUGACGAUUCGAAACCCCCAGCUUGGACGCUUCUCGGAGAUGGGUCGCUAGAUCCCAUAAAUAAUGAAUUCGAGUCAAUUGAUACUAAAUUUGUAUCUCGGCCGCACAUAGCUACUUCAGCAGAUGAUAUUCAGCGAACUCAAUCUACAACUCAUCACAACUCAAAGCAUCCAAGAAGAGAGCCUAGUCUGAGCACAGAUGCUGAAUUUAUAAGGCAGCAUAAACUCAUUAGUGAUUCUAACGUAUUUUCACCAAGUAUGCCCGCUGGACGGAUGGGUUUGACGCUGAAAAAGGCACCAUUCGAUCUACGAUUGGAAGACUUAGAAUUCGAUCCGUCCGAUCGUGAUCUGCCUGAAAAACAUCAACGCCAGAUAGAAGCAGAAGAUAAGAAGCUGCAGCAGGUAUCAAAUCUGGGCCCUACAACAACAUACAACGUGCCUAAAAGCCUUGUGUUGGAUCAACCUGUCAAAGCAACAUAUACUCCUCGCAGGUCCUCUCCGCUUCGACAAAUUUUAGCGAAAGAUUCUGCAAAUACUUCAACCGAAGAAGUAAUUAACUUAAUUUCUGAAAGUUCAGCUCUACGACCUCGAACAAGCAAGGAAAUUGCUGAUCAAAUACAUUCUAGUGUGGAACGAAUGCGCGUGAUCGAAAACGUUAGAUCUGAUAGUGAUGUCCCAGCCACUAGAUAUGAAGACUCAGAUAUGAAGAUUCUUCAGAGUUUGGAUGUGCUUCUACCUCCUAGAAGUAAUAAUUUGGAAGAUGGCUCCAAACUUGUGUCUAAUGUCUCACACCAAAAAGAAAAUAUUGUGCUGGAGCUUGGUAGUCCCAUACAGAGCAGAAAGUUCCGAACCCAAAAGACUUCGAGGAAGAACACCAGAGACGGAAUAAAUAAUGGGCGUAACAAGAGGCAAAGAAUUCAAUCGAAAGAUUGGUCGCAAGGGCAAUGGGGUACGUUGCGAAAACUUGUUCAGCUGCCGAUUCCUGACAAUGUCAUCAUUAAUAGUAAGGCGGUUCGGCAAAGACUUGGAUGUAUGAACAAAAAGGAAUUGACCCAAAGAGUGCAGUUUUUAAAAAAUCAACUACAGAAAUGA